CUCUGUCUCUUGGGUAAAGUUGUGGACUUUAAGAGUGACUGUUGGGGUGGUUCUAAAGCAAGUUCGAGCAAGGGGAUCGAUCGGAAUCAGUAGACAUUCUCAAGUCUCAAGCUCGAAUCAUGGGGACCAUAGAACAGUCUAUCAUCCCAGGUUUGCCUGAUGAUUUGGCUUUGAGAUGCAUAUCGAAGCUUUCUCACGGCUAUCAUGGAAAGCUCGAAUGUGUCUCUAAAGAUUGGAGAGAUCUAGUUCGAUGUGAGGCUUACUCUUGCUAUAAAGCUAGAAAUGGAUGGUCAGAGAGCUGGUUGUUUGCUCAUUCUAACAACCAAUUGGUUGCUUAUGACCCUGAUGCUGACCGGUGGCAUCCACUGCCUAGGAAUGAAGCUAUUCAGGAUGGUUGGGAUCAUUCUGGUUUUGCGUGUGUUUGUGUUUCGAGUUGUCUUCUUGUGAUCGGGGGUUGCUAUGUGUCAUCGUUUCCUCGUGAGGAGCCUUUUGUUGUCACUAAUGUCGUCAUGCGGUUUGAUCCGUUUAAGAAAGAGUGGAAAAUGGUUGCUGGAAUGAGAACACCGAGGACUCGCUUUGCUUGUGCUGCUGUCUCUGGCAAGGUUUAUGUUGCUGGAGGUUUCAAUUUAACGCAAUCCAGUUGAGUUUCAUCUGCUGAGGUUUAUGAUCCUGUGGCUGAUAGGUGGGAGGAUUUACCAGCAAUGCCUGGACCAGAAAUGAACUGCUCUUGGUUUGGGUUAUCGUACAAAGGGUCAUUUCAUGUGCUGAGAGCUGGAGAGCAAAUUUCUACUCAAGCCUUCAGUCCAUUAGAGAUGACUUGGUCCACUGUGGUGGAUAUCUGGCCUCUCCCUAGGAAGAUGAAUUAUGCUGUUCAGGUGAUGAAAGAUGAUCGACUCUACUCUAUAGUAACCCAAGUACUGGGAGGAAGUUUGAUCCAGACUAGGGAUACAGAUGAUGAAGGAGAAUGGUAUACUCUUGGCUCAGUUCCUUGUGGUGUCGUUCUUCCUGAUGAUCCGAGAGAGCCACAGGUGCUCGGACACGGGUUUGCAGCUCUAAGGGAUGAGCUUUAUGUUAUAGGAGGCCGGUUCCUUAAACUGGAAAAAUCAGGUGCAGGGGGAUUUGAGAGAUUGUCUGUCGUGAGGGUAUGUGACCCUUUAGUUAGGCCUCUGAUCUGGAGAGAGGCCAAACCUAUGUACCUUCCAGCCGGUGGGCCUAUCACUGGGUGUGCAUCCUUGGAAGAAUCAUCUCCACCUUAACCAAAGGUGAUAGAUUCUUUCUGGAUGCACACAUUAUUACAAUCUAUCCUUUAUGUUGUGUAAUUAAUAUUUGCUUUAGUCUUUUAAAAUACAAGUAACCUGCCUCUUCAUUUCUCCUGCCGA